UCAUUAACUCAGCAGUAGCUCGAUGAUUUUUCGUGGAGGUGCACGCUGAUUUUUACUUGAUAGAAAACUGCUUGCGGUGAUUCGGUUUUUUGAUCAUAGAAAAAGUUUUGUGUUGAAAACGCGUACCGAAAAUGGGAGACACGAGUUUAUAUGAGUUGUUGGGUGUUGACAAGAAUGCGUCGAGUAGCGAAAUAAAAAAGAAUUAUAGAAAGUUGGCUAAAGAAUAUCAUCCUGACAAAAACCCGGAGGAAGGUCAUCGAUUUAAGGAAAUUUCAUUUGCAUAUGAAGUCCUGUCGGAUGCCAAUAAACGAGAAAUCUACGACCGACAUGGAUUGAAAGGCUUACAAGAAGGUGCUGACAUGGGUGGCGCCGACGACCUCUUUUCACAGUUGUUCGGAGGUUUCGGAGGAAUGAGUCGCGAACGCGAGAAACGCAUUCCCGAAAUUGUGAUAAAAGUGGAAGUUUCAUUAGAAGAUUUAUAUAAUGGCAACAGAUCAAUUCCCACCGAGUACAAUCGGACACAGAUGUGUGGAACAUGUGACGGACGUGGGGGUAUGUCAGGUGCAACAGAAGUAUGCAGAACCUGUGAAGGAAGAGGUUGGCAGGUAGUACUUCAGCCGAUCGCAAUGAAUAUUCUGGGGCAGGUUAGACGGCAAUGUGUUAGUUGCAGUGGGCGCGGAAUAAUAAUUAGUGAAAGUGAUCUGUGCACUGAGUGCAACGGAACACAAAUAAUGGAUCGAAAGCACACCGUUGAAGUGCACGUAGAAAAAGGUAUGCAACAUAUGCAGAAGAUUAUGUUCCACGGAGAAGGUAACCAGAACUCCAAAGGUCAGAAGGGUGAUGUAAUUGUAUUACUCAUUCAAAGAGAACAUCCUGUAUUUGAGAGGCGCGGUGAUGAUUUAGUUAUACGAAAAGUAGAAAUAAGUCUUGCACAAGCACUUUGUGGUAUCGAAUACGUAUUUAAGCAUUUGGAUGAUCGUGAUAUAGUUGUAAGAAAUAAGAAGGGCGAGGUAAUCAAAUCGGGCGACGUUAAGGGUAUUGUUGGGGAGGGUAUGCCAAUUCAUAAAAAUCCUUUUGAGAAGGGAAAUCUUUAUAUUGAAUUCGUUGUACAAUUCCCAACAAAUAAUUUUGCUUCAAAAGAACAAAUGCAAAAAUUGGAAUCAUUAUUGCCAGCACGAACGCCUUUUGUCAUGCCAAUUGGUGAACAAGUGGAAGAGGUGGACAUGAUCGAUUUGGAGCCACGAUCAUCGUCUGAUUCUUAUGGCGGGGGCAGUAGUGGAAAUUACUACGAUGCUGACUAUGAUGAUGACUCCCAUCAUGGGCAUGGUCCAAGCGUUCAAUGUCAAACUCAAUAAAGUAAAUUAAAAUCCAAAAAGACAAAGAUGCUGAGACUAUAAUUAUAAAUAAAAUCAUAAUUCAAAGAAAAAAAUCGGAAAAAUAAACUACAGAAAAAAAGUUUAAAUAACGGAAAUACUAACGAAAUUUGUAACUCGAACAAAAAGCGACGAGAACCUGACAUAAACACAGUGUUUAGCCCUUUAAAAAUCCUAUUCUAUUUCUAUUUACAGUAUUUUUGCUUUUCUUUAUUCGUCUGUUGGAAACCAUUUUUUCUUCUUUGAAUUUUAUAAAAUUCUUUAUCAAAUUGUAAUUUAUACAAAAUACAUAUAUUUUUGAAUUUAAAUUGGAACACUACACGAAAAGUUAAUUGAGUGAAAAUGAAUGGUAGAGAAAUAAAGGAAACCCCGAGGUUGAAACAAAUUCAAUCGCAUUCGUAAUGGUA